CUCCAAGAAGCCUGCAGAAGCUAGCCAGCCAGUUCCAUGGAGCAACCGGCGUUCUACCACAUGUGCCUCUUCCUGGCUCUGCUCCUCCCUCUCGCGCUCCUCAGGCAGCUGAUACGGAAGCGCGACGGCGGCGGCAGCGUCAGGCUGCCGCCGGGCCCGUGGCAGCUGCCGGUGAUCGGCAGCCUGCACCACCUGGUGGGCAGGCCGCUCGUGCACCGCGCGUUCGCGGACCUCGCGCGCCGGCUGGACGCGCCGCUCAUGUACCUCAGGCUCGGCGAGGUCCCCGUCGUGGUGGCCACGUCCCGGGACGCCGCGCGCGAGGUCAUGCGGACGCACGACGCCACGUUCGCGACGCGGCCGUGGAGCCCCACCAUCCGGAUCAUGAUGGAGGACGGGCAGGGCCUGGUGUUCGCGCCCUACGGCGACCUGUGGCGCCAGCUCCGGAGGAUCAGCAUCCUGGAGCUCCUCAGCGCACGGCGCGUCCAGUCGUUCCGCCGCGUCCGGGAGGACGAGGCCGCGCGCCUCGUCGCCGGCGUGGCGGCCGCCCCGCCGGGCGAGGCCGUCAACGUCAGCCGCCGGAUCGCCGUGCUGGUCGCCGACUCGGCGGUGCGGGCCAUGAUCGGGGACAGGUUCAGCAGGCGGGAUGAGUUCCUGGUGUCUCUCGAGGAGGGCCUCAAGCUCGUCUCCGGCUUCAGCCUCGGCGACCUGUUCCCGUCGUCCCCGCUCGUGAGCUUCUUCAGCGGAACGGCGCGGCGAGCGUACGCCAACCACCGGAAGAACUUUGAGCUCAUGGAUUGCGCCAUCAAGCAGCACGAGGAGCGGAGGGCCAUGGCGGCGGCGAACGGCACCGAUGACCAGCAGGAGGAGGAGGAGGACCUGGUGGACGUGCUCUUGAGAGUACAAAAGGAAGGUGGCCUCGACGUGCCUCUCACCAUUGGAAUAAUCAAAGCCGUUAUCCUUGAUCUUUUUAGCGCUGGAAGCGAGACAUCAGCAACAACUUUGGAGUGGGCAAUGUCGGAGCUCAUGAGGUACCCGGAUGUGAUGAAGAAAGCACAAGCCGAGCUACGUGGCACUCUCAAUGGGAAGCCCAAAGUGACGGAAGAUGACUUGGCACAUGUGAAGUACUUGAAGCUGGUCAUCAAGGAAACACUGCGGUUGCAUCCGCCAGCGCCAUUGCUCCUGCCAAGGGAGGCUAGGGAGUCAUGCAAGGUUCUUGGGUACGACGUGCCAAAGGGCACCACCGUGUUCGUGAACGCGUGGGCGAUCGGCAGGGAUCCUAGGUACUGGGAUGACCCGGAGGAGUUUAAGCCGGAGCGGUUUGAGUCCGGCACAGUCGACUUCAAGGGCAUGGACUUUGAGUUCAUACCGUUUGGCGCGGGGAGAAGAAUGUGCCCGGGAAUGGUGUUUGCGCAGUCGAACAUAGAGCUCGCACUCGCAGCCUUGCUCUACCACUUCGACUGGAAGCUCGCUGACGGGUUGAAGCCGAGUGAGCUGGACAUGGCUGAGGACAUUGGCAUCACUGUUCGGAAGAAGAACGACUUGCUUCUGCAUCCCAUUGUUCGUGUGUCCCUUCAAGCAACACAGUAGCUUCUUAAAGCUAGCAUUAUAGCCUAGCUAUGAUUGAUAUGCAAUCUGAGUUGUGAGAUUAUUAGAUCUACUGACAGAUUGUAUUGUGGAAGGAGAGAUAAGAAGAUAGUAUCAUAAAUGAAU